AUGGCAGUGAGUGGUGGCGAUGCGGCAGCAGGUGUCGGUGGUGCAGCGGCUCACAGCCAAGGAGGACUCAUGGACUUCUUGUACGCUGCGAGUGGGGAGUUCGCAGCACGUACGGCUAUCACAGGCAAGACUAUAUGUAUAUUCAUUUCCAGCGCAGAUUUGACCAAUGAUGAGUUCGUUCGGAGGCACACUCGAUACUUGGCAUCUAAGCAACCGAAGUCCCCCAGAAAUGCGUCGUUGAGGCAACAAUAUCCAACUGGGGAUGUUCCCGAGAGCAUUGAUUGGGUGGAGAAAGGCGCCGUAAAUCCGAUCAAGGACCAAGGCAACUGUAAAUCCUGUUGGGCAUUCUCAGCAGUCGCAGCAGUAGAAGGAAUCAUGCAGAUCAAAAGCGGUAAGCUGCCAUCGCUCUCCAAGCAACAGCUAAUCGACUGUGAUACGGAAAGCAAUGGUUGCGAAGGCGGUUCUGUGGACUAUGCUUUCAAGUACAUUGUCCAAAACGAAGGAAUUGCAUCCGAGGAAACAUACAUGUACAAAGAGAUGGACGGGACCUGCGACUCAACGAAAGCAGCCCAACGGGCGGCGCAAAUCAAGGAUUUUGCCGACGUGCAGCCAGGUGAGGACGAGCUCCUGAAGGCAGUUGCGCAGCAGCCGGUUGCGGUCUGGAUUGCCAAGGGUGGGAUGAACUUCCAGAGCUAUAGCAGCGGAGUGUUCAAUGAGGAUUGCGGCGAGCAGCCGCAUGCAGUUGUUGUGGUCGGGUACGGGACGAGUGAGGAUGGAAAGUUUUGGAAGAUCCGGAACUCCUGGGGCGAGACUUGGGGCGAAAACGGUUACAUGAGGAUUCAAAGAGGUGAUGAUAGUUCUACAGGAUUAUGCGGUCUCGCGUCGCGGGCUUCUUACCCGAUUGCAUGAGCACAAUCAAAAGAUACUUACACCCAUCGUGAAGUUACGAAUUGCUCCUUUUCUCCUAAUUUCGUAUUCUUGUGUCUGUCCCCGUUGUUUAGCUAUAUAGUGGUGGUGUACUUCUAAGGAGGCUACUUUCUAGGCACUAAGUUACGUGGAGGAUCACGUAUUAAUUCCCAAUUUGAAUCAAUUUCUUGUUUUACCAA